AUGCGGAAGAGUGACAUCAGCCAAGUAAUAAACAGACCAGUAAAACAUAUGGCGGCACCGAAAGCAGUCACUUCCAGAAUGAGGACGUCCAAAAGAGCUCACAAAUCGUAUCCAGCGUCCACUCUGAACUUUCUGAAAAGACUGCCAUCUGAGAUCCUGAUGAAGGUUCUGUCAUACCUAGAUCCCUCCGCUCUUUUUAGCAUCAGCCACGUCAGUAGGCUCUUCUACCAGCUGGCCAAUGAUGAAGCUCUGUGGAAAAAUAUAUACAUUGUAGAGUUAGGCAAGAAUAAAAAGCGGAAACCUAAGUGCAUGGAUGAGCUGCUGCUGAAGACGGCCACACUGGAGGUGCAUGAUGGAGCUGCGGGCCACUGGAAGUGGUUAUACUUCAAAACUGUAGCCGCAUAUGACAUGAAAACGUGGAAAAGUCAUCUUGGACUCAUCAGCCGUCACACUGGGCUGCCUAGCCGAACAGAGCGGGUCCUCAGAAACUUGCAUGUCACCUGGGAGCUGACAGUGUCUGAUAAGUCGGGGCAUGAGGGCACACAUGAACCGAGCUGGUCCCAGUUCUGCGAGACUUCUGUGACUCUGUGCUGGAGCGGAGGAGGCUGCUUGCCCGACUACCAGCAGAUUUCCACCCUUCAACUCCACGGUGUCAGGAGGAUAGCCCUCAACUGCCCCGGCCUGAAGAAACCUGGCUGGAGGUCCCUCAUGGCGACUUUAGACAUGCAGGCUCUAACUGGAAGCACGCAGGUCAUUGGCCAGGACAGACUUGUUGAACUCAAGCUGCUACAGCCUGGCAUCAUCAUCGGCGUCUGGAGGGAACAGUCCUCGGUUGCCUUUGUCAUGUUCACUCUUCACUUCCACAGGCUGGUGGAGCGAAGCAUCCAGGGAUCUUCCGUUUGCCCCUACGUGGAGCAAAUAAUAAAAUCCCCUUUUGAUGACAUAGACCCUGAAUACGGUCUCCAUGGUUACCAACUACACAUUGUUCUUCACAACACUGCAUGUGAGAUCAUGUCUGGAAGCUUCCACCAGAUGUUCUGCCAGAGAACUCAGAUCUGUGAUGGCCUCAUCCAGCUGACUGCCAUUAGCAGGAUAAUCUUAUCGCAGCACACACCUCUCUCCAGCAGAAUCAACCUUCCCUGGAGGUGUGAGGCCCUGCAUGGCGCAGUGAAGAAUUGCUGCAUCAUGAGUUUGACUCUACUGGACGAAUUUAAGAAACCUUUCUGGUGUGUCGGCUCUCCUGUUUCCAUGGAGCUAGAGAAGACUCCCGUCUCCUAUGACUAUGAUGGUGAGCACUUCUCGAUCCACCAUCAGGACUCAGACGGUCAGGUGAAGAUGAAACUGGUUUGGAUGGAGGAACAGAAGCAGUUGGCUCUCAUCAGUUUGGUUGUCUAUGUGACUGUUUGCAAAGUCAACGAGCAUUUCAGUAGAAAUUACUGA